AUGGUAAGGGACUGUUUUCCCAUCCCUACAGUUGAUGAACUCUUGGACGUACUUCAUGGUGCCAAAAUCUUCUCCAAAAUUGACCUACAUUCUGGGUAUUUCCAAAUUAGAGUGCAUGAUGGUGAUAUUCCGAAGACUGCUUUUCGCACUCACGAAGGGCACUACAAGUUUCACGUGAUGCCAUUCGGAUUAUCGAAUGCACUGGCAACAUUUCAAGCUACAAUGAAUUCUGUAUUCUUCGAUGACAUCCUUGUGUAUAGUGCUUCUUGGACUGAUCAUUUGCAUCAUUUAGACUCUGUUCUAUCUACCUUAAUGCACUACAACUUCUAUGCUAAAUUGCCCAAAUGCUCUUUUGGUGAAAUGAAGGUUAAGUACCUAGGGCACCUAAUUUCAGCUGAAGGGGUGAAAGCGCUGAUCCACAAAAGAUCAGUGCAAUGGUUGACUGGCCUAAACAAAAUUCUAUCACUGCUUUUCGUGGAUUUUUGGGCUUGA